AUGGGCCCCAGAACCUAUUUGACCACUGGCUUGAGGCACCUAGGCAAGCCCCGUGCUCUGGAGCCCGGCGAAACCUUUAUCGUCCGGUACAAGAAUUCCUUACGGCAAUACAAAUCCGACGUGUGGAUUGGUGUCGUCCUGCCUGAUAAAUUCGGACCAAGCCGACACAUUAAUCGCCGCCCUGUGGGUGCCCAGCCGGCUGAGGGUGCCUGGGUGACACAUCUGAAAGACCGCAUGUACUCCAUGUAUCUUCCGGGGCGCAAUAUGUACAAAUGGGUUGGUCUCCAGGAUAUUUAUAUACUCAACGAAAAGACCAUCAAUGUUCUUCGGCGCGCCGAGAGAGAGCCAGAUGCCAAGAUCUGGGACGAUCUGAUGGAAAUCAUCCGAACUGAGCCCGGGCUGGAGUUCUGGAAGAACAUGUCUCUCCAGGAACUAGGCGCCAAGGGCAAAAGAGGCAAGGAACUCCGUAUUGUCUUACCCAGUGGCCAUGAGGGCCUUGUCUCCUGCGGAGAAAGCCAUGGUGACUCCGAAUCCGAAGAGGGAGAUGAAGAUGAAGAUGAUCCUGAAGAUGAGAAUCAAGAGGCCCCAACAGAUCGCGUGGAGCCUACUACUGAUGUUACACCUAGCUCAUCUAAUCAGCAAGCAACUAUCAGGUCAUUUUCUGACCCGCGUCCUUCGCAGGGCGUUCAGUUCAGACAGACUUUGGGGUUGUUCCAAGAUACUAAUCCUGCUGCAUCUUCGUCCGAACCAAGCCCCUUUGCAGAUAGAGAAAACUCUAGCUUGGGGAUGACCUGGCAAUUCCAUCCAUGCCCCCCUCUGAUGCCUCCCACUUCUUCUCUCCCAACCUCAUCGGCAAUCAUUUCCCCACCAACUACAAUGACCCAAAACCGGGCGCUUAAGGUGGAAAAUGAUACUAGUGCUAGUGCAAGCGUUAAUGGCGCAGAUGUGGCAGCCCAGCAACCAAUUCCAGAGUUCUCAAUCUACGAUUUGACCCUCAGCCAGGCUCUGAAGCAUGUCUUCCUGAAUCAGCGUGAAGCCCCCAAGAUCACAGAUGUGUUUCUAGGCGCCGUGGCUCUCGAAAAACAGCCCGAACGGCUACAGAUUCGCGAAUACUUAGCCGAUGGGGAAUUCCCGCCUCGCCUGAUCAUACUUAAAAACUCAGGUUUCUCUCAUCCCACUCCAUUCCCAGCCCUAGAUUCCAACAAUGGCACUACCUUCCGCCUAGUUGGAGACCAAAUGGGAAUUGGUCAGAACUUCAAACUGAACGGGGUAAGCAACAGCCUCGAUCUGGAAAACGCCAUUAUCGUCCUCGGAAGAGUGUACCUCCAAGCCCGCCGUUUUGGCCUGAUGGAUUUGGUAUAUCGAAUUACAUUCAAGCUCCAGGUAGCCUGGAACUGCUACCCAGAGCUAUACCAAUCCAAGCCCCUCCUCGAGGUCGCUUCGCUUGCUUUUACCGGCCGGACCGAGUUUGAUGAGGCGGAUUGCGAUUACCUCCAAUCAUGGCUCAUUCAUUUCAUUGCCGAGGCAUCUGAUUUGCUCACAUAUAACGCCAGUGAUCAGUUCUGGUCGUUGUUGCGAGCCCAUCCAAAGCUUCAAGACAAAGUGCUCAAUCUUCGCACGCUGGCUCAUGUCCAUAACCCGGAGUUAUAUGGAAACACCCGUGCGCUUCUUGAGAGCCGCGGCCUGGGAAACCUAUGA